CCCGCGGCUGAUUGCUGCCAUAUCUAAAGUGUAUAACAAGUUCCUGGGAAGAGAGCUGAACCCAGCUAAGGAGGUGCUGAUCACAGUGGGAGCCUACGGGUCCCUGUUCUGUAGUAUGAUGGGACUGGUGGAACAUGGAGAUGAGGUAAUCAUCAUAGAGCCAUACUUUGACUGCUAUGAACCGAUGGUGAGAAUGGCUGGUGGAACCCCUGUGUUCAUUCCACUUAGACUGAAAGACAGUGGGUCCAACGUCCUGUCCAGCGCUGAUUUUUACCUUGACCCUGCAGAGUUAGCCUCCAAGUUCACCAGCAAGACCAAGGCCAUUGUUGUCAACACUCCAAACAACCCGCUGGGCAAGGUGUAUAAGAGGGAGGAGCUCCAGAUGAUAGCAGACUUGUGUAUAAAACAUGAUGUGGUGUGUCUCAGUGAUGAGGUGUAUGAACACAUGACCUACAAUGGUACUGAACACGUCAGGAUGGCUACCCUACCAGGAAUGUGGGAGAGAACCAUCACUAUUGGAAGUGCAGGGAAAACAUUCAGUGUCACUGGAUGGAAGCUUGGCUGGUCCAUCGGUCCCAGUUACCUGCUGAAACACCUGCAGACUGUACACCAGAACUGUAUCUACACCUGUCCUACACCUAUACAGGAAGCUGUGGCCAGAGGUUUUGAGUUGGAGUUUGACCGGAUUAAUUCAGAGGAGUGCUACUUUAAGGCUCUGGCUGAGGAACUCAAACCAAAAAGGGACAACAUGGCCAGGAUCCUGACAGAAGUAGGCUUCAAGCCAGUGAUUCCUGAAGGAGGCUACUUUAUGCUGGCAGAGAUCUCCAACAUGAAGGUGGACCUGUCCAGUGAGGACCCUGAUCAGCCUUAUGACUACAAGUUUGUCAAGUGGAUGACUAAAAACAAAGGCCUUGCCACUAUCCCCAACAGUGCCUUCUACUCUGUUGAGCACAAGCCAUUGGCUGAGAAGUUCAUCCGUUUCUGUUUCAUCAAGGAGGACAGCACUCUUGCACUGGCUGAGAAGAUCAUCAAGGACUGGAAGGCCUCCAUGGAAGGGUGAUCAUGUGAUGAUCAUGUGACGACCAUGUGACGACCUGGUAACUCAGGGCUGUCUACUGCAUUACUGAUUUUUGUCUUCAGCUUUCCAAACAUCCUGUUUAAUGGAUGUAUCAGGGUUUUGUUUUGCUUUGAGUAUUAUGAUACUACAUGUAUUGUGAGUAGCUAACCAAAAAUUAAGGAGUAAUUUAGUAACAAUUAUUAUUGUUGUUGUACAACAGAGUAUGCAUACCAUAGGCUAAAUUAUGUAAUGAUGUCAUGAGGAAUUUGUAAAGGUAAUUUGUCUGAUUUCUGUCAGAAACCAAACAAAUUCCUACAUCCAUAUUCUGUGAAAAAUGCAGAACAAUGUCCUGAGAUUAUGUCAAGGUGAUUUUGCCUAUUUAUUGCUUGUAGACUCAAAUGAAUACUCAUUGUUAAGGGGCUGCUACCAUUCAGUUAAAGUCUAGCUCCAGGGGUCCUUUGGAAUUCCAAAUGAACAAAAGCUUUUAGCUGAAUAAUAAAAGAACACCUUUACUGUUGGCUUCACUUUGGCCAUAUCACUGUAUGGUUUUAUGAACACAGGAGUGUGCCAAAGCAUUGUGAAAGUCUUGUCUUCUGUGACAAAAGAUCAACUUGAAAGGAAUCUACACCAGAUUAUAUGUUGUAAUGGAUACUAUAGAUGGUGCUGAUUUUUGCCUAAUAACUACAGAUUACUAGUCUAUAGCUAAAACUUACUGUUACCUUUAGUGUGAUAUGUACUGUUCAAAUUUUUCAUUUCGAUGAAAGCUGGAAGUGGCACAAGGUACGGAUCCAAUCCAAGACAACCAUGAUCUCAUCCAAACUGGCAUUGGUACAAACUUUCUUCUUACGACAUAAAAUCCCAAACUGGUGUGCUCUAAAUACAGUGACAUAGUGAACUGGUACAGUAUUAUUCAAGACUAAUAACUUUCCAGUGAUUACCUGUCUAAAGUGUAGGACUGUUUCAGUGCUUAUUUGGUUGGUUGAAAGGUGUUGUGUCAUGCUGUCAUCUUGAAUAUAUUAGUUUCCAAUAAAAAUCUAUGGAUUAUUCUUCAAA